AUGGCUAUUGAUCAUCAUAGUCAGUAUUCUAUAUCCGUUAGAGAACCGAUGCUUGAAGACAGGGAAAAUGAUAGUAGUAAUCAUCAUUUACAGAAUCAAUCAGUUUACAGAAAUACCGUUAUGAAUAAUGAAAAUAUUGGUAUUAUAAAAACAACACCAUAUAGAUUUCUUAUACUUAUUAUUUUUGUUCUUUUAUCUAGUUCAAAUGCUUUUCAAUGGAUUUUUUAUUCAAUUAUAACUGAUAUUAUAAGUAAUUAUUAUAAUGUAGAUGCUGGUUUAGUUAAUUGGUUAUCAAUGAUUUAUAUGGUUGCAUAUAUGGUACUAGUUUUUCCUGGAAGUUGGUUUUUGGAUAAGUAUGGACUUCGUAAAUCAGUUCUUAUUGGAGCAGCAGGAAAUGCAUUUGGUGCAUUUAUUAAAUGUUUCUCUGCUUCACCAGACUUAUUUUGGUUAACAUUUAUUGGUCAGACGAUUUCUGCAUCAUCACAAGUUUUUAUACUUGGUAUACCACCACGUCUAGCAUCAGUAUGGUUUGGUGCUAAAGAAGUAUCAACAGCAUGUGGUGUUGGUGUAUUCGGUAAUCAACUUGGUAUAGCAGCAGGAUUUUUACUUCCACCUUAUAUUAUUCAUAUUGGUACAGAUGAAAUUGUUGGUAAACAUCUUUUUGACUGUUUUUUAGCAUCAUUUAUAUUAAAUAUAACAGUUUUAAUAUUAGUAUUUUUUAUUUUUCAAGAAGAACCAAGUCACUCACCUAGUAUAGCACAGGCACAUGCAAAAAUUUCAGAAGUUAAUGUUGGAUAUAUAACAGAAAUUAAGAAAUGUUUUCAUGAUAAUAGUUUUAUAUUAUUAUUAAUAUGUUAUGGUUUAAAUACAGGUGUUUUUUAUGCUAUAUCAACACUCCUACAACAGAUAAUGCUCCCAUAUUAUAAGGGUUCACAAAAAGAAAUUGGAACAAUUGGUUUAGUUUUAGUUGUUGCUGGAAUGGUAGGAUCAUUAAUUACUGGAUUUUUAUUAGAUAAAUUUCAAAAAUAUAAAGAAACAACAUUAGCAGUAUAUAUUUUUUCAUUUAUUGGAACAGUAUUAUUUGCAAUAUCUCUUGGAAAUAUUUCAAUAAAAAUUAUUGGAGGCGUUGCAUUUUUUUUGGGAUUUUUUAUGACAGGUUAUCUUGCUAUUGGUUUUGAGUAUGCUGCAGAAAUAACAUAUCCAAUAGCAGAACAUUCAACAUCAGGUCUUUUAAAUGCUUCAGCACAAUUUUUUGGUAUUGCUCUUACAUCUGGAUUUGGUAAAAUUGUUGAUACUGAAGGACCUUUAAUAGCAAAUAUUGGUUUUUGUGUAUGUUUAGGAAUUGGUGUUAUAUUAACAGCAAUUGGUAAGGCAGAUCUUAAAAGGCAAAAAAUGCAACAUGCUCAAAAUCCAGGGUACACAACAAUAUCUCAUUCAUCUACUAAUGGAACAAUGACAACUUCACCAACUAGCAAUCAAGAAAAUAUACCAUAA